AUGUCGGAACCGCCGAGUCUAGUGAAAACGGCUUACUACGCUUGUCGAAGGUUUGAGCGUAGAAAGUAUGACUCAAUGGAAGUCCCGGACGUCGACAUGCAAAGUUGCUGCUGGUCGCUGUUCAAAAUAAUAAAAAUCAACAGAAACAUAAACGGGGACAACAAUACUAAUAGGCAGACUCUGUUCGGAAGAUUGAGCCGCAGGUAUGUAAAGACGUAUAAAAGGAAUUUUAGUAGGCAGUAUAGAAACAUAUGCACGGAGGCCACGACGCACGGUCACAUCGACUGCCUAAAACUGGCUCACGAGAUUGGCAUUGGAUGGGGUGAUGGUCAGUCGUGCACCAUUGCCGCGAAAGCUGGAAAUCUGGAGUGUCUGAGAUAUGCUAGAGAAAAUGGUUGUCCAUGGGACAAAUGGACGUCCAUGUAUGCCGCCGAAAUUGGCAAUCUGGAGUGUUUGAAAUAUACCAUUCAAAACGGUUGUCCCUGGGACACAUUUACGUGCACGUUCGCCUCAGCAUAUGGACAUUUGGAUUGUCUGCGGUACGCCCGGGAGAGUGGAUGCCCAUGGGACGAAUGGACUUGCAACUUAGCCGCGACAUCGGGCCAACUGGAAUGUCUUAGAUAUGCCCAUGAAAAUGGAUGCCCGUGGGUGGCUAGGACGUGCAUGUAUGCUGCGAAUACGGGAGAACUGGAGUGCCUGAAGUACUUAAGGGAAAAUGGUUGCCCAUGGGAUGAGAGAACGUGCAUAGUUGCCGCCGGCAACGGCCAUAGUGCCUGCCUGGCAUACGCAAUGGAGAACGGCUGCCCGUGGGACGGUAAUCUUGAAUAA